UCAGACUUGACAUUAUUCCGUUAUUAUUCCAUGAUGAGGGAAAGUGUGCUGCAGAGGCUGGGUCUGUCACCUGCGCUGGGGCUCAUGAUGAUGAUGAUGAUGAUCUGCUGGAGUGCGGCGCGUGAACCCGGGGCUCCUCGCGGGGACGCGCUGGACUUCGGCUUUGUCCCGGCUGUUGUGUACGAGACACGCGCGCACUACGAGCCCGGAGCCGCGGAUCUGCUCUUUCAAGUAGUGCACAUGUUUCUAAACACGGUUCAGCCAAACCCAUUCCCAGCAGAUCUAAUUGUCAAGCUUUUGCAACAAAACAUGAAAGGACUCACACCAGAGGAGCUUCAGAAGCCUGAGAACAUUGUCCUAACACUACAGGCCAUUUAUUAUGAGAUCGGCUUCAUUGUGCUGGCAAUGCUGGGUGUUGUUUUCAUGCUGCUGAUGCCGCUGGUGGGUUUAUUUUUCUGCCUGUGUCGGUGCUGUGACAACUGCGGAGGCGAGAUGCACCAAAGACACCACAAAAAUGCUGACUGCCAACGAGGCUUCUAUACAUUCUCACUUAUCACCUCAUCUGUGUUUAUUGCAGUGGGUGUACUGGUUGCCUACACUGGAAGCUACAACAUCACAUCCCAGAUGAAAAAUACCAAACAACUUCUCAGCUCCAACAUAAAAGACCUGAAAUCACUGGCCAGUCAUACACCAGCGCAAAUCGAGUAUCUGACUGCACAAUACACAACAGCCAAAAAUAAAAUUCUGUCCGAUCUAGACAAUAUUGGGCCAUUGUUGGGUGCACGGAUACACAACCAGCUGAAUAGAGAUGUGAUGCCAGCUUUAGACAAUGUACUGCAUAUGGCAGCAGUCAAAGUGGAAAGUGCUAUUAAAGCAAUGCGAGACACUAAGGAGGCUUUAGAGAAUGUGAGCAUGUCCCGAGAGACACUACAAGAAGCAACUACUGAGCUGCACAGGUCUUUAGAGGCAGAGCGCACUUCACUUUCAAACACACUCAAUGAUCCAGCCUGUCGCAGCGGAAACGCCACACACAUGUGCAACAGCAUCCAGGACGCACUUGACCGGCUCACUGUCAGUGCCAACUUCAGUGGGCUACCGAAUGUCAGUCUUCAGUUAGCAAAGCUAGAAACUGUGAUGGAGACAGAUCUCAGCUAUAUUGUACAGAAGGGCUACUCUGCUUUUAACGACACUUCCAGGAUAGUGAGUGAACAGACAGAAGAUAUUGUGGCCACACUGCCCAAAAUGAAGGCUUUGUUGGAGAAGUCAGGAGCAGAGAUUAUUGAUUUCACUAAUACAUUCCCAGUGGAAUCAGCAGUAGGGAACUUCACUCGUUUCCUAACAGAAACCGAGAAGGACAUAGAAGCUUUCUACCCACAGAUUGACCAGUUUGACUUUUACAGAUGGAUAGGGUGUGUGGUGCUGUGCUGCAUGGUUGUGCUGAUCCUGGCAUUUAACUCUCUGGGUUUGAUGUGUGGAAUGUGUGGCCACGAUAAGAACGCCACACCUACAACACGUGGCUGCCUCUCAAACACAGGCGGCAAUCUCCUCAUGGCAAGCAUUGGCUUUAGCUUCAUCUUUUCAUGGGUGCUGAUGGGAGUUGUGGUCACUACAUUUGUUACUGGAGGAAAUGUGGAGAAGCUUGUGUGUGAGCCUCUGGCCAACAGACAACUGUUUAAGAUCAUAGACUCACCAUAUUUGGUCCAUCCUGGCCAAAAGAAUUUCCUCCCAGGAAUGCUGUUUCAAAACCCCAAUAUUGAUCUUACUGUUGGCAGUAUGUACAGUGAUUGUUAUGAGAAUAAAGGCAUAUAUUCUGCACUACAACUUGAGAACCAGUUCCAUUUCUUCCAGUUCAUCAACAGAACCGUGAACAACCAUGACCUGGCAGAGAUAUUUGAGGGGGUAAAUGUAGAUUUGGAAGGAAUAAUCCUGCUGGGGGAAGAAGGAAAAGACAAUCUCAUCAAUUUUGCUAAUACAGGCCUUGGAGAAAUCAACUACAAGGCCUACCUCUCAGAGGUCAAUAAAGGAGUAACUGUUGUAGAUCUUCUCUCCUUUGCCAAUGAAUUGGAGACUGAGGCAGACCAUCUGCCACGUGGUGCUCUCGCAAAUGCACUAAAGGGUCAUGCUAGCAGCAUCAGACAGAUCCAUAAAGAGCAAAUCGUGCCCAUGGAGCAAGUCAUGAAAUUUGUCAGAGCCAGGAGCUCAUUAAGUCAAAGUAUCAGGUUCCUACAGACCACAGCUGAAGAACUUCCUACAAAAGUGACUAAUGUGCUGAGUGCCAUUGAUUCAGCUGAGUAUCUAAUUACCAACAACGCCUCACAUGUGGUCAAAAAGGAGACAGAUAAAUACACAAAGAAUCUGAUGGGAUACCUCAAACAGUAUGUUAACUGGGUUCAGCUAUCGUUACUGAUGGAGGUAGCUCAAUGCAAACCUAUCAGUAACAUCAUUGACUCAUUGGAGAUUGUGGGUUGCAGUUUCAUAGUGGAGUCAGUGAACACAUUCUGGUUCGGUCUGGGUGGCUGCUGUUUUUUCCUUAUCCCCAGUAUCAUCGUGUCUGUCAAACUUGCCAAAUUCUACCGUAGAAUGGACACAGAGGAUGUAUUUGAAGAUAAGGACACCAAUAUCAUUGGUUAUCUUACUGAGCAAUUAUGUGGCAUAAAUUACCUCAUGAUGAGCAGUGGUACAGAGACCUGGAGUUAAAGCGUCCAUUAAUGGCUUAAUUUCGUCUAGGCCUAAUUUCAUUCCAAAGGAAGAACAAAGAAGAUGAGAGCUGAAAGGGAAAUCUGCAGAAGGACUAUGGAUACUUCC